AAAGUUGAAACGGAAAAGGCGAGAACAGAGAGAAAAUAUCAACAACAAUGAUUCUCGCUAUAACAAAAAUACAACUUCAACAACAAUAGCAGCCAGAGAUUGCUCCUCUUUAAGCCCACUUUUUUUCUUUUUUCAUUUUUUGGAUUCUAUCUCUACCUCUCUGUCUCUCUCUGAAAGGAGUAGAUGAACUUUCUCGGGGAGUAUAGAGGAACAAUCCUCUUUCUUUAGAUGCUUGUGGUUGCUUCUGGGGAAUGCCAUCUGGUUUUCUAGAUCAUACCCAGAUCUUACUCCUAAUCGAUCCAUCUGAACAGCAUGCACAUAUUGCGAAAACUGAACAAAAGAGAGGGAGAGGAAAAGAGGAUUUUUCAGUGUAAUUCCAAAGGUCACAUUUCUACUGUUGUAUUGAUUUCUUAAACUUCAGGAGGGAGCCUUUGUUUUGCCAACUUAAAUUAUGAUCAAACAGAUACUUAAUAAGCUCCCACGCAAGUCCUCUAAGUCAGCUGAAAAUCGUGAAGGAGGGGGAACCUCUACCUCCUCUUCAAAUGCUUCUACCAGUUCAAGAAGCAGUGAUUUAGCAAAUAAUCGAUAUGGGAAUCCAGGCACUACAUCUUUUCCAGGCUUUGAAUCUUCAAAUAUAGGAUUAAAUCAUGCCGGUAAGCUUAUGCAAGCUGUGGACUCAAAGCUGAAUGGGAAUUUGGCAGCUUCCUCGUUUGAGGCUUUGCCUAGUUUUAAAGAUGUUCCGAAUUCGGAGAAGCAAAACUUGUUUAUUAAAAAGCUGAACUUAUGCUGUGUUGUGUUUGACUUUACUGACCCAACAAAGGACCUUAAAGAAAAGGACAUCAAGCGACAGACAUUGGUUGAACUUGUGGAUUAUGUUGCUUCAGCUAAUGGGAAGUUCUCAGAAAAUGUUAUGCAAGAGAUAAUAAAGAUGGUAUCCAUAAAUUUGUUUAGAACUCUCACUUCUCCACCCCGUGAGAAUAAAGUCUUGGAAGCCUUUGAUUUGGAAGAGGAGGAGCCGUCAAUGGAUCCUGCGUGGCCUCACUUGCAAGGUGUCUAUGAAUUUUUUUUGAGGGUUGUGGCGUCACCUGAGACAGAUGCGAAGUUGGCUAAGAGGUAUAUUGAUCACUCAUUUGUUCUCAAGUUGUUAGAUCUUUUUGAUUCCGAGGACCCAAGAGAGAGGGAUUACUUGAAAACGGUUCUGCACCGUAUUUAUGGGAAAUUUAUGGUGCAUCGACCAUUCAUCAGGAAAGCAAUCAACAACAUCUUCUUUCGUUUUAUCUUUGAGACUGAGAAGCAUAAUGGGAUCGCAGAGUUGUUGGAGAUUCUGGGUAGUAUAAUUAAUGGGUUUGCGCUGCCGCUGAAAGAAGAACACAAGCUCUUUCUUGUUCGGGCACUUAUUCCACUUCAUAAGCCAAAAUGCAUUCCCAUGUACCAUCAGCAGUUAUCUUACUGCAUAACCCAAUUUGUGGAGAAAGAUUGCAAACUUGCUGAUACCAUUAUACGGGGUUUACUAAAGUAUUGGCCAAUUACAAAUAGUUCUAAGGAGGUCAUGUUCUUAGGUGAGCUGGAGGAAGUUUUAGAAGCAACUCAGCCUGCUGAGUUCCAGCGGUGUAUGGUGCCCUUGUUUCGCCAAAUUGGCCGUUGCUUGAGCAGUUCACAUUUCCAGGUGGCAGAGAGGGCUUUGUUUUUAUGGAACAACGAUCACAUUGAGAACCUGAUCAAACAGAAUCGCAAUGUUAUACUGCCAAUUAUCUUCCCUGCAUUGGAGAGAAAUGCAAGAAACCACUGGAACCUGGCAGUACAGAACUUGACGUUAAAUGUUCGCAAAAUUUUCUCUGAUACUGACCCUGAGCUAUUUGAGGAGUUUUUGCUCAAGUUUCAGGAAGAUGAGGCACACGAGAAUGAAAUGAAAUCGAAACGCGAAGCCACGUGGAAGCGCUUAGAAGAAAUGGCUUCAAUGAAAGCUUCGGUUAAAGAAGCAGUGCUUGUCUCUCCAAGAAAUGCCACUCGUGCUUCUUCUGGCUAGAGAGAGGUUUCCGCGAGUCAGAUUCUAGUGGUUUGAAACAUAAAUUGGUGAUUGAACCACAAAGUCAAAGACAGCAGCCCCAUUUUGGUUUAGCACGUCUGGAUUGUAUAUAUUCAAUUGGAUGGACAAAGCAAAUGGGUGCUGCAGAUCGCCUUGGUAAUGAAGAUUUAGCCCGCAAAGUAGUUGGGAAAGGAAACGAGGGGGAAGAGUUCGAAUUUGACAUGUAUGAGCUACAUUUUUUUUUUUUGGUGUAUUUGGUUCAAUGGAAGUAGGCUCAAAUCUUCUGAUUUAUUAAUAUGUAUCAUCGAACUUUGUUGUUUUUACCUUUACUGGGUGUUCCAUUGCUUUGACAUAAAAUUGUUUUAAGAUAGUAGAGUUUUGUAGGCAGUAUGAACGCAGCAUCCAUUUCAUUGCUUUCCUCGUUAUUCAA